UGGGAAAAGGGAGUGGGAGUGGGAAGCCGGAGGACAAUGAUAUUUUGGACAGCGAGUAGAGCAGCCAGUGCCUUUGGCUGGUUCUGAGCUGCCAGCCGGGGACGGCGUUUCGAGUUGCGCGAUUUCGCCGCUCGGGCUGUGGCUCCGCGCAGCCGCCGUUGGGAACCAGUUUGUCCGAGCGCGCGGCGUCCGGAGGAAAAUCGGAGAGAGUGAGCUUCCUUUUAAACACAUCUAUGCUGUUCACUUCAACUAGUUCCUGCAGUAUCAAGUUCCGCAUUCUUUCAACAGUCUGGAAGCUGAAUGGCAUCUCCACAGAGCCAAGAUUCAAGUGCAAGGAAUGAAACACCAGCUAAGAAAAGCAGGAAACUUUUACCCAGUCUGAAGACAAAGAGACCCCAGGACUUGGUGUUGGUGAUUGGAACGGGCGUGAGUGCUGCUGUAGCACCACAGGUCCCCGCACUCAAAUCCUGGACAGGACUAAUUCAAGCUUUGCUGGAUGCUGCUAAUGACUUUGACCUCCUCGAGGAGGAGGAGAACAAAAGAUUCCAAAAAUCCCUCCAAGAAGAUAAGAAUCUUGUGCAUGUUGCACAUGACUUGAUACAGAAACUUUCACCACGCACCAGUAACGUUCGGUCAACAUUCUUCAAAGAUUGCUUAUAUGAGGUUUUCGAUGACCUUGAAUCCAAAAUGGACAAUGUUGGGAAGCAUCUUUUGCAAUCAGUCCUGAAAUUGAUGGAGAAUGGAACCCUGGUUUUAACCACCAACUUUGACAAUCUUGUUGAAAUCUAUGGAGCUCACCAAGGAACGCAGUUAGAGUCCUUAGACCUCACGGAUGAAAAAAAGGUACUUGAGUGGGCACAGGAGAAAAGAAGAUUGAGUGUGUUACAUAUCCAUGGAGUUUACACUAACCCUAGUGGGAUUGUUCUACAUCCUUUGGGCUACCAGAAUGUGUUGCGAAAUACAGAAGUAAUGAGGGAAAUUCAGAAACUAUAUGAAACCAAGGCCUUUGUCUUCCUCGGUUGUGGCCGGACUGUUGAGGACACAACGUUCCAGUCGCUCUUCCUAGAAGCAGUGAGAAACAAGUCUGACCUGGAACACUUCAUGCUAGUGCGCAGAGAUGAUGUGGAUGAGUUUAAAAAGCUUCGCGAAAACAUGUUGGACAAAGGAAUUAAAGUGAUCUCUUAUGGAGAAGAUUAUUUUGAUCUGCCAGAAUAUCUUGAACGGUUAACAAACACCAUCUGUGCACCAGGGAGACAAGCAUCCAAUGUUGACAACAUAUUGAAGAAUGGUCCUUUUACAUUGAAUAGCAAAGGCCAGAGAAUGGAAACAGAUGAUGAGAUAAAGCUGGGGAGAUGAGUUCGGACUUGCCUUUCAUAAGAGUGACUGUUGAAACACAGAUGACAAUGUUGCAGGGAUACACAAUAACUGACCACAUGAAGAGGCCAAUCAAUACCUGUUACUGGCAUUGAAAGUUAGAGAAAAUGGCUCAAAAGAAUGUCCUUGCUGUAUUGAAAACACUCCCAUUUUCUUCACUAAGUCAAACUUCUAGGCUUCACAGCCACCAAUGUGUUUUUCUUUUGCUCAUUAAAAUGAGCUGUAUUUUAUGGACAUCAAUAUAGUUCUCCCAUACUUGACAACUCUUGCAAUUGUACAGCUCAAGUUUUGAUGUAGAAAUUUUGUACUGUUGAUGACUGACUUCUGUACAGAUUAUUUUAUCAUUAAAAAUCAUUAUUGAUGCAUCUGUUUUAGAAAUAAUACUUUGGUAUUUUGUUGAUGUAUAUGUGUAUGAAAAAUGAAUAGCAUGUUUAAACACCA